CUACUUUGUUUUCUAUUUACUUCCAGUCUUCCGCGACACAUUCAUAAUAAAGUUAGGACCGUCUUACACUAAUGUCUAUGGUCUUACAUAUCACUAUGAGGUAGUCUAAAUUAGUUUCGGAAUCGCGCUGUUGGACCGAAGAGACUAUUUAAAAAAAACAACAGGAGCGUUCCAUAUUUUUAUUGCUUUCUACGUCUUUAUCUUUCGCAAUGGGGACGGCACUGAUUUAUGAUGAGGAAAUGACCAAAUACAAACUGCUCUGGGUUGACCCGGCAUGUAAGAUAGAGGUUCCUGAGCGUCUGACGGUCAGUUAUGAAGCCUUGGUUAGGAGCGGUCUGUCUGACCGCUGCGUCUCUAUACCUCCUCGUGAGGCCUCAGACGCAGAGAUACUCCUCGCCCACAGUGAGGAGUAUCUGGAGGCGGUGAAAAAGACUCCCUACAUGACCCUGGAGGACUUGAAGGAGUUCACCCUUCAGUACGGCGAUGUCUACUUCCACCCAAAUAUCUACCACUGUGCCAAGCUGGCUGCUGGGUCCGCUCUGCAGCUGGUGGACAGCGUGAUGACAGGGAAGGUCAGGAACGGCAUAGCUCUGGUCAGACCACCGGGACACCACAGUAUGCGCAGCGCUGCCAAUGGUUUCUGUGUGUUCAACAAUGUAGCCAUAGCUGCACAGUAUGCCAAACAAAAACAUGGAGUCAAAAGGGUGUUGAUAGUAGACUGGGACAUUCAUCACGGUCAAGGGGUGCAGUAUUGCUUUGAAGAUGAUCCGAGUGUUCUCUACUUUUCUUGGCACCGAUAUGAGCAUCAGAAAUUCUGGCCUAAUCUCAGAGAGUCAGACUAUGACAGCGUCGGCAGGGGCAACGGAGCUGGCUUCAAUGUAAACGUUCCUUGGAAUAAGGUGGGAAUGGAAAACAGCGACUAUCUGUCCAUCUUUUGCCACGUUCUUCUGCCGGUAGCUUAUGAGUUUUGCCCAGACUUGGUGUUGGUGUGCGCAGGCUUUGACUCGGCCAUCAGUGACCCAGAGGGAGAAAUGUGCGCCACUCCAGACAUCUUUUCCCAUUUAACUCACCUUCUAAUGAACCUUGCUGGGGGAAAGCUAUGUGCUGUGCUGGAGGGAGGAUACAACCUGACUUCUCUCCCACAGUCGGUGUGUCAGACUGUUCAGACUUUGCUUGGAGACCCACUGCCUCAGCCUGCAGGCCUUAGGAGUCCGUGCAAAAGUGCACUCGAGUCCCUGCAGUGUGUCCGAUCAGCUCACAGGCGGUACUGGUCCUUCCUGAAACAUGCAGCCAAUCAACCUUCAACAGAUAUCAGCACCAAACGCAUUAAAUUGGCAAAUGAAGAGGAGGGAAGGACAGAAAUGGCAGUAGAAGAAAGGGCCGCCGAGAUAAAAGAGUGGCCUGAGCCUCCAGAGCGUCCCUCUCCUCCUGUACGCUGUGCGUCGCUGCUCCCUGAAGACGUGGCUUGCCCAGACGGAUUGAAACUCUUCAGCUCCUCCAAAGAUCUCCCUCCACUUUUAGCCAGCAAGUUACAGAAUGGUGCUGAUGACCAGGAUGCUCUCAUAACUGUCUCAAGACUUUAUGCCAUGAUUGAGAAAAUGCUGACCAAUGAGAUUGGAAGCGGCUUGGUGCUGAUCUCUGACAUCUCUGCAGCCAUGAUGGGUGCCCUCCAGGAUCUCCCCUCUGAUCUUGUCGACCGGGUUUUGGUUGUUUGUGUGGGCAAAGAGAAGGAUCUGAAUUAUUUGACCACUGAUGGGAAAAUGCUUUUUGUACAAAUCAGCGAUGAAGACAAAGAAAAAGAGAAGAACAAAUAUUUUAUUCCAGUCAGUUUAAAGAAGGGAUGCAGCAACACGGCCGGGUUCAUCCAGGCGGUCCUCGGCCUCCUCCUGCCUCUAGCGUACGAGUAUGACCCCACUCUUGUCCUUUUGGUUCGCACACCUGGAAGCGGAGUGAAUGACAGCAUGUGGCAGCAACUCAUUGGUCUGCUGCUGGGCUUUGCAAAGGGACACGCUCUGGUUCUGAUGCAGACGAAUGAAAAGGCACAUGUGGGCCCCACUGCUUCCGCCCUGCUUGGUCGGCCUGCGCCUCCUCUGAUGGAGCUUCAGACUCUGGACCAAGAGGAUGGAGAAGCUUUGGAGAGACUGAGAGAGAGGCUGCAGAUUGACUGGAAAAUGCUGCAAACAACAAGCGAAGGGACUGAGGAAACCCUUCCAUGUUAGGCACCAGUGCAAACUCUCAAGGCUCAUGAUUAGCUGUAGGACCCUGGA